GCCGGGGCGGGCGGGGAAAGCGCUGCUGAGAUGAAAAGGGCUUUGCCGUUGCCCGGAGCUCGCGGAGCCUGUGGCGCCGGAGCGGGCUGACCCACGCGCUGUAAAUGGACGCGAUCCUCAACUACAGGCCGCAGGGCGGCGAGGACUACUACGCCUUACUGGGAUGCGAUGAGCUCUCCUCGGUUGAGCAAAUCUUGGCAGAAUUUAAGGUCAGAGCUCUGGAAUGUCACCCUGACAAGCAUCCUGAAAACUCCAAAGCUGUGGAGACUUUUCAGAAACUGCAGAGGGCAAAGGAGAUUCUAACCAAUGCGGAGAGCAGAGCCCGCUAUGACCAUUGGCGAAGGAGCCAGAUGUCGAUGCCAUUCGAGCAGUGGGAAGCCUUGUCCGACUCAGUGAAAACUUCAAUGCACUGGGCUGUGAGAAGUAAGAAAGACUUGAUGCUGGAAGGCACUGGCCAGACUUACACCAACACGGUUCAAAACCAGGAACCGAACGAACAAAGAGAAACGAAGAAAGGGGACGCAGAUUCAACCCCCGAGAGAAUUGUGCAAAAGGAAUCUGGGUCCCCAGCGAAGGGCUUCGCCCCCGCAAACCCAGGCUUUCCAGGUCUCUCCGAUUUGGACUGUGGCCACCUUCGCUCCUGCUGGUCUGGCGACGCUCCCUCGGAGCUCCUGAGGAAGUUCAGAAACUAUGAAAUCUGAGGUGCCACCGCUCUCUGACAGAGGACGAGGCCUUCUUGUGUACCGCCAAAGUGUACCUUUGUUCAUGUCUUGCUCACUUCAGUCAAGUCCUCCAUCCUUCAAUGCAUCCUCACGAUGUGCUCUGUGUUAUUUUGUGCAGGGGAUUGAACGGGGGACCUCCCGGACACUCUGCACCACUGAUGCUUACCUCCUCUCGCUCAACCAUGUUGUUAGAUGAGAAAAGUGUUGUAAGUCUAGUUUAUUUCAACAUUUUUGAGUACAUUAAAGAUCUUAGAUACAAGUAGUUUAUAUCCUAUGUGUUCUCCUGUUAAUGUUAUUUGUAGAUAAACUGUUAAAAAAAACCAUUCCCUGUGGGUGUGCCCUGAUCUUUUGUUGUGCUAGAGAUACCAAAAUGUCUUCUGGAUUUUGGUUUAAAAUGGUAUGUAGAAUUACUUGGCUGAAUCUCAUAGAGUGAAAUAAAUGAUUUUCCCAAAGUUCAUAAA